UGCGCGCGGGUGGCAGUGCGUGGGCCCGCGUGGCUGCGGUGUGCGGUGACUGUGCGCGUGCAUGUGUGAGUGAGAGAUCCCCGUGUAUAAAAGGCGCAGCGCUGCCUCCGCUCGCGCUCACUGUCCGCCGCCGUGCAGCAACAGCAUCAUCAGCAUCAUCUCUCAGUCUGAGCCUCUCUACCCAUCCCUCUAUCUCUCUAUCUGUCUCUCAGCGCGCGCCUGGGAUCCUCCUGUCUCUGAAACUCCUGUCCAUGGUUCUGACCGAAGCUACCAACAUGUCUCGAGCCGACGAGGUGCAUCGUAUAACGGAGAACGUCUACAAGUCCAUCAUGGAGCAGUUCAACCCCUGCUUGAGGAACUUCGUGGCCAUGGGGAAGACCUAUGAGAAGGCCCUGUCCAGUGUGACAUUUGCAGCAAAAGGCUACUUCGACGCUCUGGUGAGGAUGGGCGAACUGGCCAGCGAGAGUCACGGCUCUAAAGACCUUGAAGAAGCUGCGUGGGACGUACUCUUCCAGAUGGCCGAGGUCCACAGACAGAUCCAGAUGCAGCUGGAGGACAUGCUGAAAUCCUUUCAUAAUGAGCUGCUGACAGAACUGGAGAAGAAGGUGGAGCUGGACGCUCGAUAUCUAAAUGCGGCUCUGAAGAAGUACCAAAUGGAGCACCGGAGUAAAGGUGAGAGUCUGGAGAAGUGCCAGGCCGAGCUGAAGAAGCUGCGGAGGAAGAGCCAGGGCAGCAAGAACCCGUCCAAAUACGGAGACAAGGAGAUGCAGUACGUGGAGGCCAUCAGCAGCCGGCAGAAUGAGCUGGACAGCCACAUCGCCGAGGGCUACAAAAACGCCCUGUCCGAGGAGAGGAGGAGGUACUGCUUCCUGGUGGACAGACAGUGCGCUGUGGCCAAGAGCAGCAACGUCUACCACAGCAAGGGUAAAGACCUGCUGGCCCAGAAGAUCCCAGUAUGGCAGCAGGCAUGUGCUGACCCCCAUAAGCUCCCUGACCGGGCGGUCCUCCUGACCCAGCAAAUGGGUUCUGGGAUCGGAGGGCCACACCACAUUUCAGAGCCCAUUCCUGGAGCCAAACCUCUGCCGAUGUCCCCUGAACUAGCCGCUCUAAUGAGCAGCCAGCAGAGGAUGAUGGGAGUGGAGGGUGUCCCCGUGGUGAACGGCACAGCUGGAGUUCACGGGGUUGAAGACUAUCAGCACUGGAUGGACGGUAAAGCCGCUCACGCCAAAACCCCGUCCCCACAGGUCCACCGGCACGGCGGAGACACCUACUCCAACACCCUGCCCGUCCGCAAAGUCGCUCCCAUCAAGGGCAAGAGCACUCUGGCCGAGACCCAGACGCUGCCCCGGUCCAGCUCGGUGGCUGCGGGGCUGGAGAGGAACGGACGGACCCGGGUCCAGGCCAUCUUCUCACACGCCGCGGGGGAUAACAACACCCUGCUCAGCUUCGUCGAGGGAGACACCAUCACACUGCUGGUGCCCGAGGCCAGGGACGGCUGGCACUAUGGAGAGAACGAGAAAACUAGGAUGCGAGGAUGGUUCCCCUUCUCCUACACCAGAGUGAUCCCUGAACCCGACACCAACAGACUCCAUGUUAGUUUGCAGCAUGGAAGAAGCUGCAGCACAGGGAAUCUUCUGGAAAGAGAACAGGUCACUAUCCCGUCUCCUGAUUACGGGACGUCCUCUCGGCUCAUGGCGCACACCGCCUCCCUGAGCAGACAGAGACCGUACAGCGUCGCAGUGCCGGGGUUUCCACAGCAGGGGCUCGAUGACUACGAGGCUCGCUUCCCCACGAGUUCGGAGGGCAAAUUGAUAUCGACAGUGUGAGAGGACAGACAGACACACAGACACUCGUCUGCAUAGGACAGGCACCAUCCUUCCUCCUCCCUUCUUCUCCUCCUCCUCUUACCUCCCUCCCUCAUCCAAUCCUCCUCCUCCUCCACUUGCUCGCUCGCCCACCAGCCAGCUCACAAUCUGCUCGUCCAUCACUCGCUUUUCACCCCACCCACCAAAUAAGAGGAGAACCACCCAUCAUCUACCCCACACUUCCUCCUCCUCCUACCCCACCCCCAUCCUUACCCCUCCCUCCUUCCCUUAGCUCCAGUGCUUCCCCACCGGGUGUCAAUCCACUGGGUGGUGGUGGAGCCAUGCUAAAGGAACCAGAGCGCAGAAUAUUCCGGGUUGCCCGUCCUCAGAAAGUCACCCGUCUUGAGGACAGUCUUGAGUGUCUGCUUUCUUUCUUUAAACGAGAUCACUGAAGUGGACUUCUCGGAGAAACUGUGUUUAUCUGUAUCUCUUGCUUGUCUUUCAUGCAUGUGUCAGUUGAGUCGGUGGAUAACAUGAAUAUCUUAGGGAAUACCAGGAAUUUUCCAACAAAAAAACACAAAACAAAUGUGAUAAAAGUUGACAAAAAUGUUCACAAACGUGCCAAUGCUGACUAAUGGACACUCAUAUAAUUGGAAGCCUGUAGCCAAUCAGACCCAACACCUAUAUCAUUCCCAAAUCUGGGAAGAUAACUCUUUCUUUAACUCUAUAUCCCUGUGUCUAAAUCAUAAGUGCUGCCACUAUAAUCAGGAAAUCGCUGGUUCGAAUCCUGUUCAUGCAGCUUGCCAUCAGCUCCCUGCACCCAGAGAGACCACAAUUGGCCUUGUUCUCUCUGGGUGUGUACAGUAUAUGGUGAUGUGGAUCAGCACAAGGCUGCGUCUGUGAGCUGAUGUAUCAGAACCGAGUCUCUACCCUUUCCUCUGAGUGUUAGCGCUGUGAUGCUAAACCUGACUUCACACUCGGAGGAGGCAUGUGCUAGUUGGUCGUAUAAAUUGGGGAGAAAAUGUGAAAAAAUAAAUCAAUUAGACCAGAUAGUGAGGCAGAGUGACACCCAAUCGAGUCUUAAAAAAGUUGUGAUUUCUGUUAUAGAUUUUCUGAAUGUCCAUUGGUCAUUUUCCCAUAGAAUAUAGACAGAUGCACCAAUGAAUCCACCAAUUUCAGAUGACGAACAUACAGAUCCACCAGUUUGAUAUGAAAGUAUUAUUACAAAUGUAUUAUUAAUAGACACAUAAAAAGGGUGUUGAAUUUGAUGAACCAGUGUGUUUCCACUGAAGUCCAGACUAUGUUUAAUGGUUCGGGAGCUUCUAAGGUCAUUUUCACACCUGUAGUUGGUUUCUAUGGUCCAGAUAGAUUCGUAUAUUAAUGCAGGGUUAAGCUGCUUUAACACAGAACAGUAAAACACUAAGCUUUUAAACACAGUGUUUUUAAUGCGGCGUACAGCGCAGAUGUAGUAAAGGUAUCAAAUGGAGUCGAGUGGCUGUGAGCAGUGAACGCUGCACAUACCGCGCACACUGUGUAAACAGCAUGGAGCAGCAUAAACAGCAUUUUAAUAAUUAGCAUUAUCUGGCUAAUAUAUCAGAUUAAACUGUGCCAUAUCAGAAUUUUAGGUCAAAUAAAAUGAGUUUAUUUAAUAUCUGAGUUGGAUCGAGACCGGUUCAAGUUAUUACCGCAACAAACCGCUCCAGAGUUUGAUUGGGACCAGAUUACUGUUUUCACACCUGCUCAAUCGAACCACAAACCAACCAGAGUCCGUUUUAACCAAACCCAAUAGUUCUGGUGUGAAAAUGCCCUGUGCAGAUGUAAUUACAGUUCAUGCAUGAAGGAAAAGACAACUGGUACCUCCUCAUACGUCCUCAAAGCCCAACAGCUUCACACCUAGUUCCCUUAACAUCUUCAUCCCUAGCGAAACUCCACCGGUGUCCUGUCCAGUCCUGAAUGAAAACAUGUGACAUGUCUUUUGUUUAUAAAAUGUUUCUAUGAUGUUUGGCCGACAAGUUGAUGUUCUGACCUGUUCUGAGUCCUGACCUGAUCUGACUUUCUUGGGAAUCAGUGCCUCUGUGUACAUAUUUCAAUUUCUCUUUGUAAAUAGAGUCAAAUCACUUGUUUAAUAUGUGGUUAAGAGCGCCGCAAAGCCAAUGGUAUUUUUUCAUGGGUGGUCUAUUAUUUACUUUUAUUAUUAUUAAUGCCAAAACAUGUUUUUGUAUUCUUAUGAUUCUUAUUAUUUUUUGCUGAAAAAAAACAACAAAAAAACUUUUCAAUAAUAGCAGACAAAUUUAAAAUGGCAGAUACAGAAAAAGUCAUUUUUAUAGAGUAUUAUCACGUUUAUUAGCUCUCUAACCUGCAUAAUCACCUGGAGAUCCUGAUCCAGAUCCUGAUUUUUCUAUUAAUUUGUUGUUUUUAGCUUUCUAGUAGCCGUGAGGUUAUAAAAAAAGAAAAAAAAAUCUAUGAAUAAAGACAAUGACUUUAGCUCACUUGAGGUAUUAAUCUAAUCAUGGGGAGAAAAAGGAAUGUUCUUGUCCACUGUUUGGUGUCUGUGGAUGAAUAAUAAUCAAUGUCAGUGUUUUCUGUAGGGUCUUCUAACUUUUACUGAGAAUCUGAGUAACACAUUCAUGAGCUAUGCAUUUUAAGGCACUGUUAUAAAAAUUAGCACUGUGGGCACCUUUUUUCGAAGACCACAAAGUUCCCUUCCCUCUAUACGUUUGUCAAAAAUUAUUAUUUUUUGUCUAUAAAUUGUGAUUUUAAAUAAAUCACAAUUUAUUUAAAACUUUUUAUCACUCUUAAAAAUUAAGUGUCUCCAAACAGUUCUUUCAGCAGCCACAUAAGACCAUUUAACAAUGUUUAUUACAGUCAUAAGUACUGUUAUUUGUGACCCUUAUUGUGUAGGUGGUACAAAAUGGCAAAAAAAAAAAAGCACUUUCGGGUUUGGUUAAGUAAGUAAAAAGACAAAGAAACAGAACUGCCAAGACAAAAAAUACUUUGUUUAAUUUAUGCAACAGUGAAAAAGUGGCAAAUUUAAUAAUAAUAAUAAAUAAAAAAAGUGCCACAUUUUUAAUUUUGGUUUCAGGCAUAUUAAUGGUAUCAGUCGAUAAAAAAAAAAAAAAAUCAGAUUAAUCACAACUAAAUUCUGUGAUUAACUGUGAUUAAUCACACUUAUUAUUCUUAAGAUGUAAGUUUUCCUCUCCCUCUAUCUGGUUUGUUUUCACACAGGCAUAAACCUAAACUCACCAAAAUGCGCACCAAUAAACCAUUCUAUCACAUCGUCUCCUCUGAUUGGUCAAAGCUGUCUGGUGCGAGAGCAAGAAAAUAAAUAUAGUGAGUAAAUAUGUUCCAGUGCGUAUAUCUAUAGAUCUGUGCAGCGUGAAGCUGCUUUAACACAGAACUUUGCCAAACAGUGUUUUAAAUUGGACAUGUAGCGCGUCUGUGAGCAGUGAAUGCUGCACAUACUGUGUGUGUAAACAGCAUGGAGCAGCAAAAACAGCAUUUGUUCCAAGCAGUAUAUUAUCUGGGUAAUAAAUUAAUCAGAUUAAACCGUACCUUAUCAGCAGUUUAGCUCAAAUAAAAAGAAGUAUAUUUAAUAGCUGGGUCGGAUCGAGAUCAGAUCACAAUUUUACCACAAGCAAACCACUCCAGAAAAAAAUUAAAAGUGGUUUGGGCGGGGCAUAUUGUGACAGAAGUUGAGGUCAAACUUGGUGGCAUAAUUAAUUUGCAUUAAAAAAAAUAAUAACUGAUAAUGUUACUGAUUCCAAAUUAAUGGCAUCCUUUAAGAAGGGCUUCACACUCAUGUCUUUAUUAUGAACAUGGUUCUUCAUGGAAAAAAUAUGAGGCCUUCUAUGGCAACCCCCAAAACAACCAUUUAAAGCACCUUUAUCUUUAAAAAAAAAUAAAAUUUUCAAUAAUGAGACAAAAAGUUUAUUGGUUUCCAAAAAUGCUGAAUGUUAAGAAAACUUUCUCAAUACCUCAAAAAUCCCCCAAAACUCUAAAAUGAUCUCUGUUCAGCAGCCGUGUCUGUCUCUCCUCCUCCUGUUGUCUUCUUGCAUCUCCGUUUGUCUUUCUCUGAGUGUUUGACAGAAAGAUAAGCUCUUCCUUUUUUCUGUUCUGUUCUUUUUGCCGACCCUGUCCAUCUCUUGUUUUGAUAAAUUUAGACCCAAAAGACACAGUAAGGUUUCACCGACUGGAAGCUGCCAGUGUUUCUUCUUUCUGCAUUAAAAUAAGGCCAAAGCUCUGGCUGCUACGUUCGCUGGGUAGAUCGCCUCGGUCCGGGAGGCCGAACGGAAUCUCUCCAACAACCUUUUUUUUUGUGUGUUUUCUGUUUUGUUUGUUUUUUUUUUUUUUUUU